AUGGCUCAGUCAGAUCACCGUAUGGCGAGUGUGAAGCCGAGGUUGACAUACAACACAAUCAGUGGUGUCAAUGGACCUCUGGUCAUUCUUGACAAUGUCAAAUUCCCCAGAUACAACGAGAUUGUCAGUCUGACACUGCCUGAUGGCUCUUCGAGGUCUGGCCAAGUUCUGGAAGCAAGAGGAAACAGAGCCGUGGUGCAGGUGUUUGAAGGAACACCUGGUAUCGACGUGAAGAAGACAAAAGUCGAGUUCACAGGCCACAGCUUGAAGAUCGGUGUCUCAGAAGACAUGCUUGGUCGAAUCUUUGAUGGUUCUGGAAGAGCUAUAGACAAGGGUCCUAAAGUGCUGGCUGAGGAUUAUCUCGAUAUCAACGGCAGUCCUAUCAAUCCAUAUACACGGGUUUACCCAGAAGAGAUGAUCUCGACUGGUAUCUCGGCCAUUGAUACGAUGAACUCGGUCGCUCGAGGACAAAAGAUUCCCAUCUUCUCUGCAGCCGGUCUGCCUCACAAUGAAAUCGCAGCUCAGAUUUGUCGGCAAGCUGGCCUGGUGCACCAACCCAACAAGGGCGUCCACGAUGGCCACGAAGAGAAUUUCUCUAUUGUCUUCGCCGCUAUGGGUGUCAACAUGGAAACUGCACGAUUCUUCACUCGAGACUUUGAGGAGAACGGUUCAAUGGAGCGAGUCACCCUGUUCUUGAACUUGGCCAACGAUCCUACCAUUGAACGUAUCAUCACACCUCGACUUGCUCUUACAACAGCAGAAUACUAUGCCUAUCAGCUCGAGAAGCACGUGUUGGUUAUUCUCACGGAUCUUUCGGCGUACUGCGACGCUCUUCGAGAAGUAUCCGCUGCACGAGAAGAAGUUCCUGGUCGACGUGGUUACCCAGGUUACAUGUACACUGAUCUGUCCACCAUCUACGAGCGAGCCGGUCGUGUCGAAGGUCGAAAUGGAUCUAUCACGCAAAUCCCCAUUCUGACCAUGCCUAACGACGAUAUCACCCAUCCUAUUCCCGACUUGACUGGGUAUAUCACGGAAGGACAGAUCUUCGUCGAUCGACAGCUGUAUAACAAGGGUAUCUACCCUCCGAUCAAUGUCUUGCCGUCGUUGUCUCGACUGAUGAAGUCCGCCAUUGGUGAGGGAUUGACCAGAAAAGACCACGGCGAUGUGUCGAACCAACUGUACGCCAAAUAUGCCAUUGGUCGAGAUGCUGCUGCCAUGAAGGCUGUCGUCGGUGAAGAAGCCCUGAGUGCCGAAGAUAAACUUUCUCUAGAGUUUCUGGAAAAGUUUGAAAGACAGUUUAUUGCGCAAAGCCCUUACGACAAGCGCUCAAUCUUUGACAGUCUGGAGAUUGGCUGGAAUCUGCUGCGUAUCUUCCCCAAGGAACUGCUCAAUCGUGUCAACCCAAAGAUUCUGGACGAAUUCUACUCAAGAAAGAGCCACGGCAAAGAGAGAAGAGGCAACAAGGACACCAGGGAUAAUGAGGAUGGGGGAAAACAAGUUAAUGGCGAGACAAACCUAUUGGAUGAUUAG